AGCUAAACCCCCGGCCCUGGUUUAUAAUUUAAAUGAGCAGGUCUUGCACACGUUUUAUGGAAUUUAUCUGUAACUAUUGCUUGCUUGCUUGCUUGCUUGAUUGAGAUGGGGUCUUUUGGCCUUGAACUCACCAUGAAGCACAGGUUGGCCUCUAACAUGGGUGAUCUUCCUGCCUCUGCCUCCCCAGUGCUGGGGUUACAGACCUGUGCUGCCGCACCUGGUUAAAAAUACGAUUUCUUAUACUGACUUUAUUCUUGAAACAUUGCCAGCUUUGCUUAUAAGGUAUUUUGGGGAUUUCUUGUUUGUUUGUUAUUUUGUUUUUGGUAGAUUUCCUAGGAUUUACCAUGAAAAUAAUCAUAUCAUCUGCAUGGAGACUGUUUGACUUCUUCGUUUCUUAUUUCUUUUUUUUGGUACCUGGGAUUGAACUGGGGUCCUUACGCUUUUGAGGCAGGCAGUGGAAUCACUGAGCUAAAUCCCUGGCCCUUCCUUUCUUAUUUUUAGGGCUUUUCUUUUCGUUAUUGCACUGGCUAGAAUCUAUGACAGUGGUAAUUGCCACAUUAAUAAAGGAGAAAAUCCAUAUGAUCAUUCCAAUAUAUGUAGAAAAGGAAGAAAAGGCAUUUGAGAACAUUUAAAAUCCUUUUAUGAUUAAAAAACUCUCUGGCAAAGUAGGAAUAGAAGGAAACUGUGAACCUGAUAAAAAGUAUCUGUGAAAAACCUAUGCCAUAGGGCUGGGGAUAUAGCUCAGUGGCGCUGCGCCUGCCUGGCAGGUGCAAGGUCCUGAGUUCAAUUCCCAGUAUGGGAUGUGGGGGAACCCAAGCCAUACUUUGUGCUCAGUGGUAAAGCUUGAGCACUUUAUCCCUGAAGUGAAGAAUGGGGAGGACAGCUGCUUUUAGCACUUCUACUCAAGUGUGCUGCUGAGUGCUCACACUGCCAAAGGAGAGAAGCAGAUUACAUCAUAAAGAUUGGGGAAGAAAAAGUAAAACUGCACUUAUUUGCAGAUGGCAAGAUUAUGUAGAAGAUCCUAAGAAAUCUGAAAAAAAGAAAAAAAAAUCUGGAGCUAUUAAGAGACUUUAGCAAGAAAUUAAUCUGUAAAAACUAACUUUUGUUACUUAUAGCAGCAAGCUACUGGAAAAUGAAAUCAGAAAUUACUUUUUGUUUACAAUGAUACCCAAAAAUUAAUUAGUUUAACAAAAGAUAUACCAGUGGCUAAUGACUGGGAAAUGCAGAUAACAAGAACAAAGAGAUACCACUGCACACCCACGGACUAACACCAAGCCUUAGAAGGGAUGCAAACAGCUGACGUCUCCUGCCGGGCCAGUGGGAGGGUGAAGUGGACCACCACUGCGGAACAGUUCGCAACAUCAGAAAGCUAAACAUACAUACCACUCCUAGAUUCCAGCCAUUCCACUCCUGGGUAUCUGCCUAAGAGAAAUGAAAACAUAUCCACACAAAUAAGUGUGCAAGGGUGUCUGCGGCGCCUUUAUUCAUAGUCACCAAAACCAGAAUCAGCCCAGGUAUCUGUCAACAGGUGAUGAGCAGAGAAGAUCAAGUAUAUCCACACAGUGGAGUGCCGUUUAGUUGGAAAAGAGAGUGCAGAUAAACUACACAGUGCAUCCAAAGAUUGUGAGGCUGAUGGAAGGAGCCAGACACAAAGCCUGGAGCAGGCAGGACGCUGCGGCUGAAGUCUGUGCUCAGAGCUGAGACACUUGGCACAACUGCUUCCGCCCUGCAGCCGCCUUCGCCCAGGAAAAGUCACUUAGAGGUAAUUUUUACAUUGAAGUAUUGACCCAGCUGUGUUGGGACAGACAACGAGUUCUGCCUUGUGAGUUAGCAGUUGUUAAAAGUUGUGCAAAUGAUACUACUUCAAGCCUGUGUGGUGGGUGCAGGCUUAUCCUCCAUUGUGUUAGAAAUGUGGCAGGCAUGAAGCCCUAUGGGCUUCGAGCACGAAGUGUCUGAGCCUUAAGAAGUCUGCUCUCCGUGUGUAUUCCAGUCGCCCCGCCCUCUGGAUCUUCUUCCUAUGAUUAGAAGUUUUUAAGCUCUGUAUCACUGGGGCCAUGGUUCUCGAUAUUUAACUCUUGUGGCCCAGAGCUAUGAAGGCAGAACACUAGCACUGAAAGUCCUUGUCCACCCUGAGGCCCUGGCCACCCAACGGGAGACUGACUCUGGGAGACCAUGCUCAAGAUGUGAGCAGAGUCUGACCAGAACACAUCAGCAUCUGCGAACUGGAGAUCAGGGGAACAAAUGGGCUUGCUUCCAGGACCUGACCUGUUGGAGUUGUUGGAGGGCGCUCCAGGCUGUCCUUUGCUGGGCUCUGGACCCUCCCUGCCAGGAAGUUGUUCUCCCAGUGAUUCACAGGCUCAGUCACUCGGCUGGCCUACUGGGCACAAGGGUCAGGUCCAUGAGCUCCGUGUGACCCAGCAGCCCCAGCUGUGCUGACCAGUGACUGCCCUGGUAGCCCGAGCCGAUGUCUGCAGCUCUCAUCCUGGAGGGGCAGACCCUGCUGUCCUUUAGCUCCCUGGCAUGGCCCUGCAGUGCCUCGCGCUCCUGGCUGGCCUUCUGGUGGGAGUCGCCAGCAAGUCCACAGAAAGCAAGGCCCAGCAGCCAGAGUGUUGUGUGGAUGUGGUGGACAUCAAUGCUACCUGCCCUGGAACAAACCUGUGCGGCCCAGGCUGCUACAGGCAUGGGAACACAGAUGGGAGCAUCACCUGUGUGUGGUGCCAGAAUGAGACCUUCCCGGCCUACAACGCCUCCGCGUGCAGAACCCAGGCUCCUCGAGUGGCAGUCUCCCUCUUCCUGGGGACAUUCUUCAUCAGCACGGGCCUCAUCCUCUCUGUGGCGGGGUUCUUUUACCUCAAGCGCUCCAGUAAGCUCCCCAGGAUCUUCUACAGGAGUGAUAAAGGUGCCUUACGGUCCUGAGAACCUGAGGUGGCCUUGGGCCAGUGCCAGUCAAGACAAGUACUUCAGGAACAGCUCUGGGGGACUCUGCACAGCUGGCCGUGCCCCAGCCCUGCAGCCCAGCGAAGCCGUAAGUCCCCCACUGCCUGGGGAGCAUCCUGGGCCACACGCUGCCUGCCCCUCACACUGCCUUUCUCUCCUUUUCAAGGCUGCGAUGAUCCCUGCACCCCAGUCCUCAGUGCGGAAGCCUAGAUACGUGAGGCGCGAGAGGCCCCCAGACACCUCUGCCUUCCCUGCAGUGGAUGCCCGCAUCAGCAAUGUCUGACUUGGAGGCCAGCUGAGACCCCACCACCCUGGACCCUGGACCCUGGGGCUGCCUGGAUGAGCUAGCAGAGGACCACGUCACCUAGGGCCUGGGACAGGCCAGGCGUGGCUCCCAGUGACAAGCUGAGCAGGAGCCCUUUCGUCCCCUCCCUUGUGUCCCUCCCGUGCUGCUCAGUUAACGAACCAGGCUCUUGGAAGCAAAGGAGUAGGGUACAAGCCCUCAGGAGAGAGCCAAAAUUCAGGACCAGCUUGGCCUGCAGGUGCCUCAGGCUGCUUGGCCCCUCAGAAGGGUGGGGAGGCCCCACCCUUGAGCCUCUGUCAGGCAGGACCCUUGCACCCCCAUCCAAGGGGCCUCCCACACCCCUCUAAGGGGAGUGAAGCCAAGGCUCAGCAUCAGGGAAGACACGGCCCCCUGGGCUGAGGCCCCUCAGAGAGAACUGAAAGCCACAGCUGCUCGGCUCCAGGCGUCCCUGGCUUCCUGUUGGCAUCUCGGUGCUAAACAGAGGAGGGCCCAAGGUGCUGCUGAAUGCGGAGCCCCAGUCCUCAGCCCAGGCUGAGUCGACCCUCGUUCCCAAGGGAAGGUCACCGCCAGUGGACACUCACGGCGGGCAGCCACAGUGACAUGUCCACCUAGGCCACCCCUGAAGCUGUCGGUCACUGGGCUCACUGGGCUGCCAAGGGCAUGCCAGCCAGUGGCCCUGGGUGUGGGUUGGUGUGCAGGACGCUCCUUGGUGGCCACCUCCUGUGUGCUGGGCCCAGGACUUGAGGUAUCCAGUGCCGACUCCUUCAGGGUCUGGCUCACGCUGGAGGGGCCUGACCCCUGGCUCCAUGAUGCACAUUUGCAGUGUGCUUUUCAUCGACACAGACAGGAGCUGACAGCUUCUUCUGCAGUGGGGUGAGGGCCACCAUGUCAAGUCAGAUCAGAUAAACUCUGGAGCUCUCUUGGA